AUGCCAUCAAUUAAAAAAACUCUCCCCCAUAAAUGUGGCUCUUGCAAAAAAGCCUACAGUAAUAUGAAGAUGGCUGAGAAGUUCUUAACCCAGUGCCUGAAAAAUCAGUUGGAAAAUAUGAGAAAUGCACACUUGUCUGCAGCUCCUUUGCUUUUGAUGUCUAGCCAUCAUGACAGCACUGAUGGUAAUAAUAACACUGACCUCAAUGAUCCCAUAUGUGAUAUCGAAUAUGAGAAUGACAUUGAAAGUGGCACUUCUCUCUUGGUUUUUGAUUUUAGCAAACCUUCUCCUAUUCCCAGCAAGAACGAUGCAAAGAAUCUGGAGUUGAUUAAGAUAAUCAAUGACUUUGACAUUUCCUGUCAAGCCCAGGAAAAGCUUACCGCCCAUUUCAACAAGAUUCUGGAACUGUCAACUGAGAUCACAUACAGAGCAUGUACUCCAUACCUUGGCAGUAAACUCUUAAAGCGUUACUCUGAUGUAGAAGAAAACAUCUACAGUGUCUGCCCUAAAGGCUGUAUGAUGUUCAAUGAGGCACAUGAAAUCGUAUGCAAACAUUGUGGUGAAGAUCGUUAUAAAGCAGAUAAAACCAAUAAGGAUGAUAUGCCAGUUGCUGCAAAGAACAUGGUCCAGAUUGCUUUGGUGAGACAGCUUGCUCUUGUGUUGGCCAACGGUACUACCAGCGCUGAAAUGCUUUACCACCACAACCAUGAACAGAAUUCUGAUGGUAGCAAAUCAGAUAUCUUUGACGGACAUGCAUAUCAAACAAAGAAACAUAUUUUUACCAAUGAGAAUGAAAUUGCCAUUUUGCUGUCGUUCAAUGGCUUUGCAUUUCACAACAUCUCUGAUUCAAUAACAAUCCUGUAUGCCACGAUUCUCAACCUUCUGCCAAUGCCAACCUUGUUGGAACUCAAGGUACUCCAAGAAAAAGGAAUGAUAGUCAAAAUCCAGACUGCAACAAAUCGAGCAAAAGUUCACGUUCUCAUAGUGACUGGCAAUAUUCCAGCAGUUGCAAAGCUGGCAUGUCAUGCUGGCCAUAUGAGCAAAAAUGGCUGCCGGAUAUGUAAUGUUGUGGCCCAAACUCCUGGCCGUGGACAGUAUUUCCGAUUCUUGCCAGGGACUAACAUCUGCACUCUGGAACGCUUCCAAAAUUUUGAUAAUACAAGUUUGUCAUGCAAGGGCCUCACAGGACAGUCUGCCUUCGUCUCACUCGCAUCGUUUACAGGCCCACUCUUUUUUGCUCUUGACAAAAUGCAUGGACUUUGCCAUGAAAUUGGCAAGCAAAUUUGGGGACUGGUAUGUGGCAAGUAUGGGAGUAAUCACCCUCUUUUCCUUUCUGUUAGUGCUCAAAAGGAAAUUGGCUUGUUCCCACGCUGGUGGCAGAGUGUGUCUAUGAUCGAGAUGCACAGAAGACAUUGCUUGGCCUUAAAACUUGUUUCAUGGAACACAUACAUUGAAAAUCUCUAUGUGAAAGAUUUGGUUGAGUUGCCAGUGUUUACAAUUAACCAGCACUUGCUGCAGUACUAUCCAGAAAUGGUAGAUGCAUAUGGUCCCCCAAGAGCAUAUAGUGCCAGAUCACUAGAGCGUGUCAUUGGCGAGUACUCUCGUUCAAUAAAGAGUAACUCUGCCAUUAGUGUUAAUGCUGGCAACAUUAUGGUUCGUUUAGCUUGGACACGCCGUAUAGACCUGAAAGAUUCUGGGGAAGACGUCAAUAGAGCUAUUGUGUUAGAGUACGAUGAUGUGUCUGCUGGUUGGCCGAUGACAGAGGAGGGUGAGCAUGUUGGUGCCAAAUUAGAUAUUGAGUUCUGA